AUGGCAGGCUUGGCGCGAAUACAGCAGUCCGCGAAUACAGCAGUCCGCUACACGUAUAAGAAUCAAGUGCAGAUUGCAGAUUCAACAAAAGUAGUAGCAACCCGCCCAAUGAAACCAUCAACACUUUUGCGGUACCUCGCAGUCGGAGGAAAGACGCCGCCCGUGUUCGACAACUUCGCCGACGCGCACAAGUUGGUCUUAUUUAUUGAAGACCACAUCAAGGCGGUACCGGAGUACUCGAACCACACCGAUUGGGAGCGGAUUGCUACCUCAAAAUUUUAUGAGGUGCUCUCGACGUCGGCGGACUCGCUCGCGCCAAGCAGGUCCUACGUGAUGAACGGGGAAACAAUUGAAACUUCAUACCAAGAGCGGAUGAACAACUUUUUUCUCCAGACGGAAGACAGGACCGACGGGCUAAAUUACAAAAAGAUGUUGCAGAGUCAUUGCGUGGCAAAGUCAUGUUCUGCUUGUCGUCCUUGGUUGAUCGUCGUUGCAACCCCUUGCUGA